GGGCGCUGAGGGAGUGGGGGGAACCAAGCGGGUGCUGGCUGCAGCUCUCCCCGGGUGAAGUGCCUCUGUGUGCGGGACUGGCAGCCUCUCUUCUCCGCCGGGCAUGUACCAGGGUUUGGCGAAUCCCCCGCCGUACACGGCGCACCCGGACCCGGUCGGGGCUUUCCUGCACUCGGCCACUUCUGCCGUCUACGUGCCGACCUCCAGAGUAAACCCGGCUCUCUCGGGCUUCUCUUACCUACAGGGCGGCUCGUCCCAGCAGGCCAGCCCGGUGUCCCCUCACCCUGCCUGGCCUCAGGCAGCCGGCAGCAGCCAGGAGCCCUCGUGCAGCCGCCACUCCACGGCCUCGUUCCCCUCCUCUAGCCCGCCCAGUGUCUCCACUCCCCGGGAGACCGCCUUCAGCAGCCCGCUCUCCAUCUCCUCGGCUGCAGCCGCGGCAGCCGCCGCCGCCGUGCGGGACCAGGUCAGCAUCAGCUGGACACUCAGCGGCUCCUUCCCCAACCACUACCCGCAGUACAUGAGCUCGGAGGCGGCCACCGCCUGGAGCCCGGCUCCCUUGGAGAAUCCUCCCUUCAGCUUGAUUCCGGCUCGCAGGCACGGCGAAGAACUACUUGAUGAUGUCCUUGAAGGCCGAGAGUGCGUGAAUUGCGGUGCUAUGUCCACGCCUCUAUGGCGGAGAGAUGGAACUGGCCACUAUCUGUGCAAUGCGUGUGGACUCUAUAACAGAAUUAAUGGAAUUAAUCGACCCCUUAUCAAACCUCUCAAACGGCUGUCUGCAUCUCGGAGAGAAGGACUCUCCUGCUCUAACUGUCACACCACUACCACCACCCUGUGGCGACGUAAUGCUGAAGGAGAACCUGUCUGCAAUGCCUGUGGACUGUACAUGAAACUCCAUGGGAUACCACGACCUUUAGCAAUGAAGAAAGAAGGUAUUCAGACCAGGAAACGCAAACCAAAGAACGUGAACAAAGACACCCCUGCUGCAGUACCUUUCCCAAGUAUGCCAUCCACCCCCAGUGUCACUGCUGCUGGUGCAUUAGAACUUAUCACACCAAAGACUGAGCCAGGCCUUUACUCAUCUGCGUGCAGAGUCCAGAAGGUCAGCUCACAGGACACUUCAGUGGCAGGUGGCAAUACCCUUCGCUUCAGCAUUCCAGCUCUGAAACUGACAAACUCGAGUGAAGCAGCCACAAGUAGAGAUUCCAAGGGAGACAAACCUUACCCCUGGGGCAGUAUGGAGCUAGUCUGACACCAAAGAGAACUCCGCCACAAUCCUCCAAAAGCUACAUGGAUGGAGUUUGCAGCUGAGAUUGGUUUUAUCUGAAUGAAAACUGGAAAUGAUAAAAAGAAGAUAAAAUAAUGCCAGGAAGAGAAAUCAAAUGGAAUGCUGGAUCAUAUCGUGUUAUAAUUUAAACAAAAAAGUGAGUGUUGCAAAAAUGAUGUCUUACUGCCGAGGCUUAACACCACCUAAAUUCACUGUAGGUGACCUUGGUGCAUUUCUGAUCCAACAUUGUUAGUAAUUAAGUGCCUUUUUUUGGACCACCACUUGCUGUAUGUCUCUAACUUUCCACUUGAAAAUGGAUAUUUUGGACUGUACUCCCUGGACAGUUGCAGAUAUGGAACAGUUUGAACAGACCUUGCCUUGGGUAAAAAUACAACAGCGUUUCAUAGAGAAAUUAUUUUUUCUUAGUCUAAGUAGUUCUAGUUCUAUAUGGAUGGUUCAAGCUAAUAAUAAAAGCAACUUAUUAAAAUUCAGAUGGUCUCUCAGAUAUUAGUGUCAUGCCUGCUGUAUGUCUGUUGGAUCAGUCACAGUUGGGCAUGGACUGUCUGUCACUAGAUAAUUUCUCCUGUGCAAACCUUUUCAUUCUACUGCCCAUAACUCUUGCAGUAUUUAUUUCUAAAAGGAUAUUGGAGUAUGGAAUGAUACCAUUAUGACUUGGCUUUCUUAAUAGUUUGUGCGCGUGUGUGCAGACUGGGGGCCAGUGUUUAUGGUGUGAAACUGUUCAGUCCAGCAGCGCCAAAUAUGCUUUUAGUAAAUCGCUGGCUAUUAUUUUUUCAUCAUGUCCAAUUUUCUUUCCACUGACAUUCACAGAAUGAUAGCACUUUUUGGAGACUCAUUAUGUAGUUUCCCUGUUGCUUUUAUUUGGCUUGAACUGCACAAUCUUAACAAUAUUUUCCAAGUCAGUGGUGAAGAAAAACUGGCACAGUGAAAUAUUGACUGCUGACUUUUCGAAGAGCCUGUUUUGCACUGCUGGUAUCGAAUAAUUUCACCACCAUCACCACCAUCCACCCCUCCAGCCCCCCAGUUAUUUUGUAAAAGUACUUAUACUUUUUUUUAAAUUUGAGGAGGAAGCCUUCACUGUCUUCACUUCUGGGCAUCUAUUAUUUUUGUAUAUAAUUAAAAACACAGUUUCUGGAAGUGUAAUUUUGCUGCAUUUCACAGCUUAUGUAUUGACAAUACAAGUUGAUUAUUCUGCCAUUAAAUUAUUCUUCCCACUUGCACCUCACCCAGCUACACAGCAUGCUUGCAGGUAGUGUUGAACUGAAGACUACAGCCACCAAUUGUCACCCAUCUACAGGUUGUAUGUCUCUAUCACUUCAGGUUGGCCUGAAAUCAGAACAUACCAGCUGGGUUUGGGCCACGCUAAAGCAACUUUUAAACUGAAUUUUAAAAAGUGUGUAAAAUUGAAGGAUGAAGGAAUCAAGUGCCAUCAGUUACAAAGUAAAGGCCUAAACAACACCAUAAAUAUUUGGUUAUUGAAAGCUCUACAGAAUUGGAAAGUGAAACAGAGCAUUGGGACUCUUCAGGGACACCACGCACACAUGGUUCAUUUUUGAUUCUCCCAGAAGGCCUAUUAUAAUUUGCCAAGAGCAGCAACGUAAAACAGGGAAGUAUGGAAAUUAAGCUGAGGGGUGAUGAUCUAAUGUAACACGUGGAAUAAAAUAUAACAUGGAAUAAUAUACUCUCCCAGGGAACAAGAGGCUUUCUACCAACAGGGAUAAAUUUAGAAGAGAUUACAUAUGGGGUCACAAACCAUCUGUAUAUUGAUUGAAGAGCUUUAUUGACUGAACUAUGCCUUUAUUAUAGGUAGGUAGUUUGUGAGCUCCACAUAUAAGGCAUUGACCCAGGGAGCUGAGAAUUCUGCUUCUGCUGUGUGACUCAGAGAUGUCUACAGACUCCUGGCAACCAUGUUAAACCCAGUGAAAUAUCUACUUUCUUUCCUUCUAAUCCUGAAACCUGUAAAAUAUGCCUAUUUAUUAUUGAAGAAGCCACAUUAUUACUGAAGCACAGAACAGCACAGAUGGAGUGCACCAAAUUAAUUCAAAAUCACUGUUCAUGUAUAAGGGAUCUAACUUGCUGAAUCAAAUAUCAUUGCCAAAUAAAUUUGAUUUUACAUUAAUAAAAAAACUAACAAGCGUUUUGUUGAAAUGAAAUAACUUUUACUGACCUUGAUCCAUACUGUACAUUUGACAUGCUGAAUUUUUCAUGUAUUUUGCCUCAGAUUCUGUAGGAAUUUGAAAUAACUUCUCCAAUGUGCUUCAGGAUAAUAAUAUAGUACAUUCAAAGUGUAAUGGAGUCAGGGGUACCAACUGCAUUGAAGGCAGACUGGAUGCUGUAAGGACUUUUAGUCACACUGGAACACAUCUUAAUUUGAGAUUGCAGAUGUUAGAACAAUUAGUAUUGAGACCUCACAUUAAGAAAGGCCUUCAAGUACAAUCUUUUAUCUUUAAGAUUAAGCACAAGGAUAGUGAGCUAGCUAGGACAAUAUGAAGGCAAUUUACCAAAUACAUGCUCACAGUGGGGAGAUGUCCCUAUGAUUUCAAUGAGCACACAAUUUACCACACUGGGGAAAUUAUCCUCUACAUAUGCACAUGAAGGUAAGACAGCACUUGAUUCCUGUGGAAUCAUGCUACCACAGCUGGAUACCAUUUCUCAGGCAGUCAAGAUUCCAGUUAUUCAUGACAUGGUCACUGUCACAUUUGCUUCUGUCAUUCUAGUCGGCAGCGAGAGAGAAAGAGACAAGGCAAGUUGGGUUGAAGGCAUUGUAUUCCAGGCCUUUCAGCAAUGAUACUAUUUCUUGAAAUAUGUGGCCUCUGGAGGGGCGGGUUAACUAAGUCUUUUUGACUUUAAGUUUCAGAUGCCUUUAAGAAAGCAAAUGUUUCUUUAAUAUGAGUACUCUGCAAAUCGUGCAUUGUACAAGUUGAUUGUAUUCUUUACAUGUGAUUGGAUGGUGAACUUAAUAAAUUAAUGGUCUGGAUUUUGCUGUCAGUGUUCGCUGUUAUUAAGGAAUAAAUCAGACGGAAACAUCAGGUGCCCACAUGUGGAAAUUAGAAAGUUGCAGUCUCAGUUGUGCUACAUCUUCAAAAGCUUCACUCUAAUAGUAUGUCGAUAAUCACAUAUGCGGAAGUGGGUGAAGUUGUGAUACUUUCCACUAACUAACCACUAAGCAGAUUAGAAAAAGUUAGGGCUUAUCUAUUCAAGUAUAAAUGCAUUUUUAUUGUUGUGGUAAGUCUUAAUUACUGCCAAAUAACCUAACUGGCACUGAAAUUUUACUGUUGCAAGUGUGGGGUUUCAUCCCUCAGAUUUUAAUUACAACUAGAGAGCUAAAACAAUUUAAAAAUUCAAAUACUUUUUCAUUUACUUUUCUUUCAGUCUCUCUUAUCUCUCUCUUAAUCCUACCUUUAUUUUCCUCACAUUAUUUGACUUUCUGUGCAUGAUUUGGCAUUAAAUUAAAUUUUCUAACUUAUACUUCCUGAUUUAGAGUCUGUGAGUUUCAGUAAGGAUUCUUCAAUCUCAAUGGUUAAGGAAAAUAUCAUUACUUGUACUGUUCAUACAGAUCACAGAUCUCAAAUGGCGGGUGUAGCACUGUUUUGAAUCUCUAAUAACCACAAAUCUCAAUGCAAAUUUUUACAGACAGUCUGCAGGCAAAUGUAAACAUAAUGAAUGGUGCAUGCCAUUCUUUAGCCGCUGACUGCAAAAUCUGAGUCAAUGAUAUAUGCUAAAUAGAGCCUUGUUAAUCAUCACUCAGUUAAUAUCAAGUAUAUUGCAACACGGAUCAAAAAUCUUCUGUACACCUUAAUAAAUAAUGAGACUACUUACUGUAGCAUGAAGCCAGAUAAAGUAAAGGGUUUGAGGUUUGAUGUGUGUCUUCUUACCUCAGUUGGGGUAGCUGGAACUACUGGAGUUACUGGAACUACUGCACAGAAUUAUCAGGUCUCCCUCUUUAACUGGAGACAUCUGCUCUUAUAUCAUUUAGCCUUUAUAUUCUUCCCUUUCAAACAGAAUCAGAAAUUGGCAGCUGCAAUUGGUUAUAGAGCUUCUGGCUGCAGAAGAGAAAAAUCUGCCAGUGUCUAAUCUCCAUUAGGUGACUCUUGCUGGAAGUGUGGGUGUGUGGCCAUUGAUAUGUGUCUCCCUAUCUCAGCUAGGGAGCACGUUGUGGGUAAGGAGAGGACCAGAAGACUCUCUACAGCUGAAUUGCCCGCUUACACUAAUCAUUAGGGCUCACACAUUAAGAAUGACCAUUUUGAGGAAGACUUUGGGCGAGAUUUGAUGACUGUGCUGCAAUUAGCAACUUCAAUGCAUAAAGGGGGAGAGUUAAAAGAAAGGAUGAGGAUAAUUAAAUCUUCCGUGAAUUCAAGCUUCAGGCCUUUAUAAAAAGCAAACAUCAACCUAGAUUUUGCCAUUGUAAUGAUGGCUGAGCUUUGAGGCGCCUGCACAUGAGCAAUGAAAUACAGAAUCCAGAAAUUGCUGUCAGUGCUUCUUUGCUACUCCACAGGGAAGACUCCACAGAUAGAAAUCUUUAGAAAUCACUUGAAUUGGCAUGAACUUCCCACUUUUAAACUAUUAAUCUCACUGUUGAAAUCCUUGAAAUGUUAUACCUAUUUGAGUAAGGAGUAACUAAGUUUUUAACUGCAUACCAAGGUCAUAAUUAUUGUUGAACAGUCCCACUCGCCCUGAAAAACUAGUUUUAUGUUUAUAGAAUGCAAAAUUUAUUCUUCAUAAUAAAAAAACUGUGGCUUUUCUUAAAUUAAUAAAGGUAUAUUUUUUCAAAUUGAGUUAUGAUAUUUCAGCUUCUACCUUAAUUCCACGUGUAUGUCACAAUAUUUAUUUCAUUCUCUGUAAAAUGAUUAGAAAGUUAAGGAUAAUUACUGCAUUUUACUUCUUGGUUUUGCUGUCUAUUAGAAUUCUUCAAUGCCAUUAGCUGCUUAGCCUGCUUUAUGACAUCACUAUUGAUGGACACCGGAGAACCCCUAUAGUUGGCGCCGGAAUGAAAUUGGUGUCAGGAAAUACACAACGCAGAGUUUGUUAGGUCUUUUUGGGUAGCUUUGUCUGAGGUCAAUAGUGAGCGCUGUUAUUUGUAGCUGAUCACAAAAUCCGUGCCCAAAUGUUAAGGGGCAUUUAUAAAUCAUGCAAUGUAAGAAAUAGUUUCAUUCUUUCACAUAUUUAUAAGGUCUAAAGUAACAAAAUAUGUUUAAACAAGGUUGAUUAAGACCACUAAUCAGUGGAUAAUGUACAAUAAGUUAUAUUUUCACAUAUAAAGCAACAUUCAAUAAUGUGCUGAUGGCAAAAUGAUACUAACACUGAUGUCUUUGUUGGCACAUAAAGUUCACCUGGAUAAGGUUUGGCAUGUUCUGCUCAGAAAGUUUCAGGAACAACUCCUCAUACUAUAAGAACACUUUACAAGGAUUUGAGAGACACUGAUGGAAUGUGAUUACCAGACUUUAUUCUGUGUAAAUGGAGCCACCAGUGGUCCUCACUAUCUCAGUCACUAUAUUUGCACUGGUGAUUGAACCCAUUGCAAUGCUGAUACAAUCAUGCCACGACACUGAAGAUAUCUGAGCAGCAGGAACAGAACACAGGAUUUCCCACUCUAGAGAUUGUGGGAUUAAUAAGAGUCCUGCGAUUGCAAUGUAAUAAGUCACAGUAUGCUUGGAGUGUUGAUUUUAGGAUUUUCAUUGUGUUUUUGGUGCCUGUACAUGAUUUUGUAGACUGGUACACAAAUGGUUAUUCCAUCUCUGUUCUCUGCUAGCAUUUCAUCAGAAUGCAUUUAUUGUAUUUAGGCAAAUUUUAAAAGAUAUUAAUAAUGGUACAUCAUUGUCACACUUUGUAAUAGGUGCAAAUCAAUCCAACAAUGUUGUCUGCUUCUGAGGUGCAACAUGUACAUUCCAAUCUGCAAAGGCUUUGAUUAAACAACAAUUAAAUGCCUGAUUUACUUAACAACAA